AUGAACCGACUGGCGGACCUUCUUCAGCAGGGUGUUAUAAUGAAAACAACGUUUCAGCCGUACGAAGCCCACCUGCAGUAUCUUCUUCAGUUCAUGGUUGACUACAACUUGUACGGCUGCGACUACUUAGAUUCAGAGACGACGAAAUUUCGAUCUCCCGUCCCCGAGUAUGACCCGGUGUCUAAUUCUCCCCAUCUUUGGCAUAGUCAGUCCGUUUCACACGAGAAUAUCACCGACGAUAUCUCUCUACCUCGAGUCAGUCAUUGCUCGAUCGAAGUGGAUAUCUGUGUACAACACAUUGCCAACCGAAAAUUAAUCCAGCAGAGGCUACUGCACCAUGAUUUCGUUGAAAGAUUACACCCCAUUCCCGGUGACUUGAAGCUGGUUCAUAGCAUGGCAGGAUUAUGGAGAGACGAAGCAAAGCGACGUCAAAGACAAAUGGCACAAAACAUUCAGGGAAAGAGCCAUAUUCCUCGUGAUCAACUGGUCACAAUGUCAGCUGAUCCUAGGCAAUCUCACCGCCAAGUCUGGAUUCAUGAAGCCGAGUAUAAAGGACAAGCCAAGCGCCUCAUUGAGGAAGACUUGGUCGGCUUGGACAAUCAGAAACCAGGUUUCGAAAAUUUCACAGAAAAGGUUGACCUCUCCGAGGAGAUACAUACUACUUUAGAGUCUGUUGAAGAUCUUUUCCCCCAUAACUUGUUGCCCGCUCUGGGACUACCCUCGAACGAGACACCAUUUGUCGACAAGUCAACCAGUAGCAUUGAGGUUGAUGAGAAAAAAAUUCUCCAAGAAAUCGAAGCAAGAGAUGAAGAUGGCCCAGGCGACUAUAACGAAGGAGUACGCCUAUAUCACAAGUGCUUUUACGUGUGGCUGAGGACCGGGAAUUAUGGCAGCGCUGAAAACUUUUCGCAGCCGCGAAUUCAUGACACCCUUAAAUCAGGAUCGCCAGCACGUCGACGUCCCGGAUUACUUACCGUCGAAGACAGGAGUGUUCCCGCCUCAGCUUCUGCUAGUGCCUCGAAUCAUGCCGAUCUGACCACCAUCAACCAUCAGAAUGAAACAAGCGAUAGAAGACGAUUGGAGAAGCUCUCUUACCCAAAAUCUUCCUCAUCCAUGGUAGAGGGCAACCACACGAAAGCUGUCGUAUUCGACCUAGAUAGUCGGACUCAACGCGGGAAACUAGAUGAUUCUAUGAACGCAUCCCUCCCUUCAGCCACGUCGCCCAGUUUGCCCACUCUCUCUGUGCAUGAAGAAGAAGCAAGCAGGAAGAUCCAGCAAGUCCUUAACCAGGCAAUUCUCAGCCCGUACCUUACUUUCUCGAGAUUGCCUCCCACAAUCAGCCAAUGCUUGGCUAUGAGGGAUUGUAAUCAACCCGACGUCAUUUAUCAGGACGCUUAUUACAGCAGGGAGCAAGACGUUCCUCAUCGGCCUCGAGAGUAUGCAGGCCGUGAAUAUCGUCUGCAGAGCAAUACGUUGCUGUUUCUACCUCCUUUCAAGGCAGAUGGCUUGUCUUCCACUAGUUCCGGCAUAAGACCCGAUACACUGCAUGAACAACAAAUCUUGGAACAAGAACAACAGCAGCAGAUGCUCCAAUGUAGUUGGAAAAACUGGGAAUUCAUCCAGAUACCUCCAGCGUAUCAAGAGGUCGCAAAAUGGCUGGAGGCUGACGACAGAUCGAAGCACCUUGGCAAGAAACACUUUGGACGGAUUGCCCCUGCCGCUGGAGCUUGGGUUUCCCAAAUCAAUGGACCCACGCCCAAGAACAAGCAUGGUUUCAAGUAUACUCAGAGAACGACAUCAACCAGCGUUGAGCAUGAGGUCCAAUACAUGAGCACUAUGAGCCUGGAGAUCCACGUGAACACUCGAGGCAAGUAUGUCCCCAACCCGGAAGAGGAUGCGAUCCAAUGCGUGUUUUGGGCCUGCAAAACAGACGAAGUAAAGAGACAUAGCCAGAAGAUGUCCGACACAAUCCAAUCAGGCAUUAUUGUGCUCUCCUCGGAAGGGAAUCUGAAACGGGUGAUGCAGAAAGCAACAGGAGCAGAAGUUUUGGAGGAAGAAUCCGAGUUGGACGUGAUAGUUCGAAUGGUUGAAAUUGUGAGAACAUACGACCCUGAUAUAUUGACCGGAUACGAAGUGCACGGCAGCUCUUGGGGUUACCUUGUAGAACGAGCCCGGUUCAAAUAUGACUACGAUCUUUGUGACGGGCUUUCGCGGGUGAAGAGUGAUUCACAUGGGAGAUUUGGCAGGGAAAGCGACCGCUGGGGCUUCAACACUACGUCUACGAUUCGCGUAACCGGACGGCAUAUGAUCAAUAUAUGGAGAGCGAUGCGAGGCGAACUAAAUCUUCUUCAGUAUACUCUCGAAAACGUGGUGUGGCACCUCCUGCAUCGUCGCGUGCCUCACUAUUCCUGGAGAACCCUGACGGCCUGGUACAAGAGCGGCAAGGGCGGAGAUGUGGGCAAGAUUGUAGGGUACUAUCUCUCGCGCACGAUCAUGGACCUGGAAAUCCUGGAAGCAAACGAGCUCGUAUCCAGGACGAGUGAGCAGGCGCGACUUCUUGGCGUGGACUUUUUUUCAGUGUUUUCCCGGGGCUCGCAGUUCAAGGUUGAGUCCAUCAUGUUUCGCAUCGCCAAACCGGAGAACUUUGUCUUGAUUUCCCCCAGCCGCAAACAGGUUGGCGCCCAAAACGCACUGGAAUGUCUACCCUUGGUCAUGGAACCACAGAGCGCCUUUUACAGCAGCCCGCUGCUGGUGCUGGAUUUCCAGAGCCUGUACCCGAGCGUGAUGAUUGCCUACAACUAUUGCUACUCCACGUUCCUCGGACGAGUCGCCAGCUGGCGAGGCAUGAGCAAGAUGGGCUUCACGGAAUACAAACGGCAGCAAGGUCUUCUAGCGUUGCUGCAGGAUCACAUCAACAUUGCGCCGAAUGGCAUGAUGUACGUCAAGGCGGAGAUUCGAAAGUCACUCCUCGCAAAAAUGUUGACCGAGAUAUUGGAAACCAGAGUCAUGGUGAAGAGCGGCAUGAAGAAGGACAAGGACGACAAGGUGCUGCAACGGUUGUUGAACAAUCGCCAGCUGGCCCUGAAGCUGCUGGCCAACGUCACCUACGGGUACACGUCUGCGUCCUUCUCGGGGCGAAUGCCAUGCUCGGAAAUCGCGGACAGCAUUGUCCAGACCGGACGCGAGACGCUCGAGCGCGCAAUCGCCUACAUCCACUCUGUAGAACGCUGGGGCGCGGAGGUUGUGUAUGGCGACACGGACAGCUUGUUCGUGUACCUGAAAGGGAGGACGAGAGACCAGGCGUUUGAUAUCGGCGACGAGAUGGCCAAGGCUAUUUCGGACACGAACCCUCGGCCCAUCAAGCUCAAGUUCGAAAAGGUCUACCAUCCCUGCGUCCUGCUGGCCAAGAAGCGCUACGUCGGGUACAAGUACGAGAGCAGAGGCCAAACAGCGCCCGACUUUGACGCAAAGGGCAUUGAGACGGUGAGACGGGACGGGACCCCGGCCGAGCAGAAGAUCGAGGAAAAGGCGCUGAAGCUCCUGUUUGAGACGGCCGAUCUGAGCCAGAUCAAAGAGUACUUCCAGACGCAGUGCGGCAAGAUCAUGCGCGGCGCCGUGUCUGUCCAAGACUUUUGCUUCGCAAGGGAGGUCCGCCUGGGGACCUAUUCCGACAAGGGGGUGCCUCCAGCCGGCGCCCUCAUCAGCGCCAAGAAGAUGCUCCAAGACGCGAGGGCCGAGCCGCAGUACGGCGAGCGCGUCCCGUACGUCGUCAUCACCGGGGCACCCGGGGCGCGCUUGGCCGACCGCAGCGUGUCCCCGGAGGAUCUCCUGGCCAACCCGCACUGGCAGCUGGAUGCCGAGUACUACAUCACCAAGAACCUGAUUCCGCCGCUGGAGCGCAUCUUCAACCUCGUCGGCGCCAACGUGCGGCAGUGGUACGACGAGAUGCCCAAGGUCCAGAAAAUCCACCAGGCAGCCGGCGGCGAGGCCGGGACCAAAAGGACGACGCUGGAAUCCUACAUGCGCUCCACCCGCUGCCUCGUGUGCCACGCCAGGUUCGCAGACGAAGGCCAGGCCCUCUGCCCCGCGUGCCGGAACGACACCCCGGCGUCGUUGCUCAAGCUCCACACGAGGCUGGCAGCCGAGGAAAGCAGCCUCCAGGACGUACUGAGGGUUUGCCGCACUUGCUCGAGACUAAGCCCGCUGGAGGACGUCCUCUGCGACAGCAAAGACUGCCCCGCGUUUUGGACGCGGGCGAAGCAGAAGACGGGGCUCAAGGGCACGAGGACCGCGGUGGAGCCCGUCAUGCGUGCGCUGGUCGAGGACCAGGCCGAUGAGGCCGUUGCGUCUGCGUGGUGA